CGCAGUGCGUCGCCGUGGUCGCCUCCGAUCGAGAUCUCCGCGUGGCGUUCAGCAAAUAUCGUGAAGAUCGCGAGGUCGAACGAGCGCGCGCGCGCAGACAGCGAAACUGACAAAAACUGCGGAGGACGGUGGUCUGCAGCGUGGCGAUGGGAAAAGGGUGUACAAGGGCGCGCGAAAAGAUACGCCAAUUUGUAGCUGUGUGCAUGUGUUUGUGUAUUUUUGUGUUUGUCAACGCAAUGCAGUAGUAUGGUGGUCCCGAAGUAAUGCUGUGUACGUGACUGUGUCAGUGAAUCAUCGUCAACGCAUCUAAUAGCAAACUGAUGAGCUCAACUUGAGAAAGGGUGGAGUGAAGUGUCACACGCGGCGGAAUUCCUUAGCGAACGUCGGUGCUGUGCUCCGUGGAUGUUUCAAGCUCAGUGUUAAUGUGUGUGUUUGAAGUUGAUAGCAACGUUCCAGCAGUAGAAGUAGAAGAAUUCGAUGCGAAAUGGCCAGCGGUGCGAUCAACCAGCCAGCGCUCGCCGGGUGCGGUCGGGCAGCCGCCGGUGAACCGUGCGCCACCGUGCCGCUCAAGUUUAUCUACGUGCCGCAGAAGCUCGAGGUGUACGAGUACGAGACGGCUAUCUUUCAGUGCAUCAUCGAGGGCUACCCGACGCCGGCCAUGGCCUGGCAGCGCAACGGCGCCCUGCUCGCACCCUCGCGCACCAUUUCGAUCCAGAGCAAGGGCUCACUGUGCACGAUGAAGAUCCAGUGCGUGAGCGCGAAGGAUGCCGGCCCGUACCAGCUGGUGAUCGAGAACGAGAGUGGCCGGGUGGAGCGCACGAUCGAGCUGCUGGUGCUCGAGAAGAUCCGCACGAUCAACCGGGUGAAGCGGAACAGCGAGCCGGCGGCGAGCAGUAUGCGCAUCUACCGCCACAUCAACGACUAUUCGCCCCAGGUCGGCGAGUACAUCGUGCUGAACGCGGAGUACUACGCACCGUCCAUACCGGCCGUGCGCUGCUUUCACAACGGGCGCGAGCUGGACGAUGGCCGGAUAUUCCAUCGCAGCGUCAGCCAGCGCAACGUGUCGCUCGUGCUGGAGAAGGCGAAGGCGAGCGAUUCCGGCACGUACACGUGCGUGCUGGAAACGAUCGACGGCUGCAUGAAGGUGAUGUCCGCGGAGAUCGACGUACAGGACCCGAAGUGGUCGGUACCGGUCGGGCAGCUACCGCGGAUUGUGCACGAGCUGCCGAAGGUGAUCACCGUCACGGAGGGAACCGAGGUGGAGCUCAGCCUGGAGCUGCAGUGUGCCGAGCUGGUCAAGUGUUCGUGGAAGAAAAAUGGCCGCCCGGUGAAGGAUUCGACCGACUUUGCGUACAUCGAUCACGGUAAUGGCAAGUUUGGACUACGACUCAAGGACCCGUUCCUGGACGAUGCCGGCCUGUACGAGUGUUGCAUCGAGGCGGCCAAGCAGCAGCUUACCUCCAGCUGCUAUCUGGACGUGCUCGAGCUGGACCAGCAGCAGCAGCCGCCACCGAUGGACUGCGAUCACCGGCCGCCGGUGCGCUUCGUACGCUUCCCGCUCUCGCAGAUCGCGCUCGAGGGCGACAACGUGGAGUUUUGCGCGUGUGUCCAUCCGCCGGACAUGCGGGUACGGUGGUACGUCCGGGGCAUGGAAAUUACCAGCGGUACCAAAGGAUUUUCGAUUGAGUCACGCGACGAUGGAGCGAACAUUCUGCGAAUAUUCAACAGUGCGUACCGGCAGAGCGGCGAGGUAAAGUGUUGCAUCCCCUCGACCGAGAGCGACCGGCAGGGCCAGCUGUGCGCGUACGCCGACCUGUGCGUGCUGCCGAAGGCGUACGUCGGUGCGUGCGAGCGGCAGGAAAUACGGCGGGAAAUCGAACGGUACGGCGGCAGUCAGCAGAAGCUGCGCUUUCUGCACUGCCUGCAGGACGAGGUGGUACUGCAGGGCGACGACGUGAUCAUAGAGGCCUGCUAUCAGGGCCAGCCAUCGGCCGAGCUGCGCUGGAAGCGAUCGGGCCGAUUCAUCACCGAUAGCAAUGCCAGCACGAGCAAUCUACCGGGCCGCACCCGGCUGCUUCUAACCAACAUCGAGCCGGCUCAGGGCGGUAAGUAUAGCAUCCAGCUCGACAAGGCCUGCCCGGAAACGGAGCUGUCCAUGUGUUUGCGCGUCGAGUCACCGCCGGAACCGCCUGCCGGACGGCCGACAGUGGCCCCGCUUAGCCCAACCGCCCUGACCGUAUCGUGGAAUCCUGCCCCGUACGAUGGAGGAAGUGCCAUAACUGGAUUUGUGAUCGAGAUGGAACAGAAUGGCGAAGACCGUUGGAUCUGCGUCAAGCGUGUGCCGAACUCGUUUUCCUGUGUCAUUGACAGCUUGCAGCCGGACGGCUCGUACCGGUUUCGAAUACGGGCAGAGAACGUGCACGGCACAAGCCAUCCGACACCGGCCAGCGAACCGGUAACGGCACAGCACGAGGCCAAACGCAUCAACGGCACGUCGGAGACGCGCACGAGCCUGCUGGCCGCCAGUCCCACCUCGAGCGGGGCAAGCUUCGGCAGCGACGUCGGCAACGGCGAGUCUGGCGGAUACGCCGACCACGAGGGUGACGGUGGCGAAAGCAACAGCCAGCACCAGCAGCAGGCGUGUCCCGCGACGCUAACGAUCGCCUCCGGCGGUGACUUUAACGAGCAGUUCGAGGUGGUGAAGGAGGUGGGCAAGGGACGGUUCGGCGUGGUGUACAAGGUGAUUGCCCGGCAGGGCGAGGCGGGCACCGUGCUCGCGGCCAAGAAGGUCAAGUGCAUCCGGCUGAAGGACAAGGAGCGCGUCUGGCAGGAGACGGCGAUCAUGGAGAGCCUGGAGCAUCCGAAGCUGCUGCGGCUGUUCGCCACCUUCGAGCUGCCGAAGGAGAUCAUCAUGGUGGUGGAGUACAUCUCCGGCGGCGAGCUGUUCGAGCGCGUGGUCGCGGACGACUUUACGCUCACCGAGAAGGACUGCGUGAUCUUCGUGCGCCAGAUCUGCCAGGGCGUGGAGCACAUGCACAGCCGCCAGAUCGUGCAUCUGGACCUGAAGCCGGAGAACAUUAUGUGCGCCACCAAAACGAGCCACGAGAUCAAAAUCAUCGACUUCGGUUUGGCGCAACGGCUGUGCGCGUCCAGCCCGACGCGUGUGCUGUUCGGGACGCCCGAGUUCAUUGCGCCGGAAAUCAUCAACUACGAACCGAUCAGCGUACAGUCGGACAUGUGGAGCAUCGGCGUGAUCUGCUAUGUGCUGCUGUCCGGCCUGUCGCCCUUCAUGGGCGACAACGACGUGGACACGUUCAGCAACAUUACGCGCGCCGAGUACGACUUUGACGACGAGGCGUUCGAUCUGGUGUCGGACGAGGCGAAGGAAUUCAUUGCGGGGCUGCUGCGCGGCCGCCAGGAGGAGCGGCUGACCGCCCAGCAGUGUUUGCAGUCCGAGUGGCUUUCGCUCAAGGGCGGCGACAACGUUGGUGUGAACCAGAUCCGGACGGAUAAGUUGAAAAAAUUCAUCAUCCGUAGAAAAUGGCAGAAAACAGGCAAUGCCAUACGGGCCCUCGGAAGGAUGGCAAACUUAUCCGCUUCCCGGCGCGUGUCGGUAGUGCCGCGCGAAACCAACCCCGAAUAGCUGGCAUCAGGAUGCGAUCUAUAGUGCGGGCAGCACGGCCAACAGUACGUCCAGCAGCAGUUUGUUGAGUGUUUCCGAUACCAAAUGAAAGCAUCUGAUGACAAGCGUAAAUGUUUGAUUGUUAUUGUUUUACCUAUAUACUACGUGUACUAUGCAGACAAAAACUACUACAUCAAUAAAGCAACUAAGUUAGAGCGAACUCUGUAACGCA